CUUGUGUGUUGGUCAACUGAGAUUAGGAUGAAGACGGCUACUUGUAUACGCCUGUCACGAUUGAUGAGAUCAGCCGACUCUACAUCCUAAAAAGUCAAUCCGUCCGCCUUCUUCCAACUUCGUUCCUCCCAAGAUGACAACUCGGAGCGAAUUCGAGUCUACCUACGAGCUUGAGAUCAUCCGUCCGGCUCCAGACACCCAGAACCAGACAGACCUGGACCCAGUGAAAUCUCUAGAACGCUUAUCUUCUAACAACAAACAAGACACUCUCGCAUACUUGGAGCGUGAAGAGGUCACGGAAGAAGGAACGAGCAAUGUGAUAGAGGCGGAAGUGCCCCCUCCGGAUGGUGGGUAUGGUUGGGUCAUCGUCGGCGCAUGCUACAUCAUCACCUUCUUCUAUAUCGGAUCGGUCUACAGCUUUGGAGUCGUCUUGACACGCCUGAAAGAAGACGGUCUGGCAUCAUCGUCCACACUAUCGUUCGCAGGCGGUCUGACGUCUGCGAUGAUAUCCUUCUUGGCCAUCAUCAAUUCCAACAUCAUCAAACGGUUCGGCAGCAAAGCGGUUCUUUUGGUUGGCGUUACUAUCCUCGGACUAGGCGAAGUCUUGAGCGGAUGGACCGUCAAUAAUAUCGGUGGAUUUUUCGUCACUGUGGGAUUCGUCAUGGGCGUAGGCACGAGCUUGAUCUUCAUGCCGUGCACACUCCUCCCGUCUCAGUACUUCAGCCGCAAACGAGGUCUAGCCAUCGGCAUAGUCUACAGCGCAGGAGGCGUCGGAGGUGCCGUCCUCUCGCUCGUCCUCGAUGCGCUAUUGACCAAGUAUGGCCCCGCAUGGACGUUCAGGAUCUUGGGGUUCAUCACUUGGGGGGCUUGUCUGCCCGCUUGUCUGUUGAUCAAGGAGAGGCCUGGGAAGAGAAGCGCGGCGUUCAUCGAGUGGUCAUACUUCAAAGAACUCCGAUACCUGACCAUCUUUAUAGCGGCUAGCCUGGGCGUCUUCCCCCUCUUCGUCCCUCCCUUCUUCUUGCCCCUGUACGGAACCUCGAUGGGUCUCUCUCACUCGUCUUCUGCAGGGCUCGCCGCAGGAUUCAAUCUGGCAUCCGCCGUAGGAAGGAUCGCUUUCGGAUUACUGGCCGAUCGGAUCGGCCCUAUCAACUCGCUCAUUAUCGCCUUUGUCACAAACGCAAUCAGCUUGUUGUUGGUCUGGCCCCUGAGUGGGAGUGUGGGACCUUUGAUCGUUUUCGUAAUUCUUACGGGGGUAGCAGCAGGCGCAUUCUUCUCGCUCAUGCCUAGCGUAGUAGCGUCCAUAGCGACUCCUGCCACGCUACCCUCGGCGAUGGGUAUGAUGGUGACGGGCUGGGGGGCUGGGUAUCUGCUCGGGAGUCCCCUAGCUGGAUUUCUGUUAGACGCUUAUGGUGGGACAGACAAGGGGUUGUCCGCGUACAGGCCGGCGAUGUUCUACGCAGGAGCUCUUACCAUCGUCAGCGCGCUCUUACUGAUCGCCAUGAAAUGGAAGACUCAGAGCCUGAAGAAGCGAAUGUAGUGAGACCAGCCAAUAGAUUUACUCUUGUGCGUAUAUAGCCUUUUCCGACGAUAUGCAAAUUGUAUACAGCAAAAGGCCGUGAUCCUCAUAUACGGCCAGAUCUAC